ACGGAGAAACCGGGACCUUGAAGUGCGAUUUACAAGAAAUCCGACUUCACAUUGUCAACAAAAUAAAAACAACAUUCUGGUAUUGCAGUACAAACCGACCAAAUGUUGAAAUAUCUUCAAUGGAACAACAAAUCUUAACUUGCUGCUUUCAUUUACCUAGACAGCUCGCCCACCGUCAACCAAAUGUGUGGUGAGGAAUGUGUGAUAUUAUCUGAAGCCGGCAAGAACUGCAAAACAAAAUAAGAGCAUAAUGAUCUAGCUAAAUGUACAGGGAAAUGCUGUAAUAUUCAUUUUAUUAAUCAGACUGUCAAUUUCACCCCAGAGGCUAAAGCCCAAUGCAUCCGGGCAUGCGAUCAGCGACUGAGGACAGGGGCUGUCCUUUAAUUCUUCUCUACCUGGAUGUGUUUGCCUGUCGCUAGGCCGCCUUCAUCAUCCACUGACAGACGCUUGUAUUUAUUUGCUUAUAAACCUGUUACAAUAAAUGAUUAUUCGAACAGCGUCAUUCGUACCUUAAUGACGAGCACUAGUUUGAUGAAUGACACAUCGGGAGAAAGGAAGCACGGGUCAUUUUGACCAGUCGUUCCCUCGUAUUGACAUAACACUUUUUCUUUGCACCAAAAAGAUAAAUUUCGAGACACUUGCGGGGCUGGGUGUGAAUUGGCCCCAGCUGCAAGCUCAUCAUUAGUGUGGUAUCAGCCUGCAACCUGCGCUCGGCUCCGGGAUGGAAAGACUAAGGAAAGAAAUAAUUCUGAUGGAACGGGGUCUGCAUAGUCCUGCUGCCAAAAGGAUUUCGAAUUUGUCAGACUCAGCUGGAAAUGCGGUGGAGGAGGCCCUUGAAAAUUCUCAUCACAGUGGUCGCCUCAGCCCCAGACCAACUUCCGCCUCCCUUCACAACAGUAUUGGGGACACCCCAACAAACGGCAAAUUUGAGAUAGACAAUUUAUUCCACCAUCAACAUUCAAGCGACAGUACGUCCUCGUCUGAAAUUUCGUCUUCGGAAAGCAGGAAAAAAUAUUCCCAUUACCCAGAACUUGGUAGUCGAGAGAAAGAAGCAGAAAUGAAUAGUGAUGUUGAUGUGGGAUGCUCGACACUCCGCUCUCCUGCCGGCGUCAGUACAACGCAACUCAAAGAAAAUACAAACAAAGUUUAUUCAGACAAUGGCAGUUCAACUAAUACUUCUUCGAAUGGGUCCAGUAUUACGAACCUGAACGGCAACUCCAAUUCAAUAGGCAAUUCGAGUUCUGGUCCUGACCAGGUGAGACGGUAUCGAACAGCUUUCACCCGAGAACAAAUCGGCAGACUAGAGAAAGAGUUUUAUAGAGAAAACUAUGUAUCCAGACCCAGGCGAUGUGAACUGGCGGCUGCUUUAAAUCUACCCGAAACUACUAUCAAGGUUUGGUUUCAGAACCGACGGAUGAAAGAUAAAAGACAGCGACUUGCGAUGUCAUGGCCCCACCCAGCUGACCCCAGCUUUUAUACCUACAUGAUGACCCAUGCGGCGGCCACGGGCAGCCUGCCCUACCCUUUCCACUCGCAUGUGCCCUUGCACUACUACCCGCACGUCGGCGUCACUGCGGCUGCUGCAGCCGCCGCCGCCGCCGCCGCCGCCGCCGCCACGGGCGCCACGCCCUUCCCCACCUCCAUCCGCCCUCUCGACACCUUCCGCGCCCUCUCGCACCCCUACUCGCGGCCCGAGCUGCUCUGCAGCUUCCGGCACCCGGGCCUGUACCAGUCGCCUCACGGCCUGAACGGCAGCGCGGCUACAGCGGCGGCGGCUGCAGCUGCUGCAGCGGCCGCUGCCUCCACGCCAGCCGGAGCCGCGCCUUGCUCCUGCCUCAGUUGCCACAGCAACCAGGGCGGCGCGCUCGGGCCCAGGAGCUCCAGCUCCGACUUCACCUGCACCGCGGCUGCGCAGAGGUCGGAGAGCAGCUUCCUUCCUUACUCGGCCGCGGUGCUCAGCAAAUCAGCAGCCGUCUCACCGCCUGGCCAGCGGGAGGACUCCUCCCUAACCAGAUAACUCUCCCCGGUGGUGGCUCUCGCCAAGGCCAAUGGAGACACCAGUGGUAAAUUGCAAUGGAGCAAUUGCUCAAUUCAUUUUUCUUUAAUACAUCGCCCUGCCAUUGAGCACUGAUUUGGUGCAACCGUGGGUAAAUUUCCAUUCACAACUAUUUUAAAAGAGAUAUACUGUCCUUUCAGUAUGGACUACCUAGCCCUUUCUCAUUCUUCCCCGGGACUCGUUGAAUGUGGUUCAAAUCGCUUAGAAACUUUCCCCCAAUGAACCUUGAAAAGUUCUUGUAAUUGUUCUCUUCGUUAUACUAGAUUGUACAGGGAAACUGUGAACUUUUUAAGUAUAAUCUUCUUCAUAAUGGAUAUGAUCUGGGCUCAUUAGCAUUUGAUAAUACUGUUGGGACUAAACUCAAGAAAUGUAAAACUGUCUUGAAACAGAUUUAAGUCAGUCCAACAACAUCUGGAUAUUGUCUAUUUAAAUAAUGCAUACAAAUGAAGGUCACUUUGGGAAGAACAUAAUUCCGUUUAUUCUGUACACCUUCUUUAUAAGAAGGCCCUUUUCUGUGAAAUUGGGUAUGUGCAUGCCUACUGCUUUGGCCCAGGAGUGCCACCACCGGGUAUCUGACAAGUGUUCGCUGCCAGAAAUUACUCCUCGAGGACUUUGGUAAAGUUCGAGGAAAACACAUCAGAAACCGCCAAUGUUAUUGCCAUGUCAAUUCCGAUGCUAAUAAUGUGCAGAUUAUGACGAAAAUUGCCAAUCAUGUACCUUGAUGGACCUCCUUUGAAUGUAGAAUUGGAAAAAAAGUUCCCUGCACAGAGACCUGCUGUCAAACACUAACAACCCGCUAAGGGAAGUCAUUAGAAAAGAUAGAUAAGAGACUUGAUACAUAAAACAUUGUUCAUGGUGCAUAGAAUGUACAGGAUUUAAUGUGGUAUUCGUUAUCUGAAGUGAUUUUGCAAAAACUCGACGUCCUCAUUGUCCCACUGCCAAUUUUAAUUUUGGAAACCUAUAUUGUAGACGUCCUGUGUCCACUUUCCCUUGUAACCAGUAUGGAACUGAUGUGAACAGCCUCAUUAAAUCAACCUAGAAAUUUCCAUAAUACGCCCCAUAGAGCCACUUCAGUGUUCGCUUAAUGGGAUUCUUCUGAUAAAAAAAAUGUAACUAACAGUUUUUUCACGGUGCAUCCUUCCCACGGGGUCCUUUGUCAAUCUCUUGUAAAUUAACUCAUUAAAUUAUGUAAUAUUUCAGUUUCUCCGCUUUCAGUAAUUACUGUACAAUACCCAUUCGGCGCUAGUUUGACUUUAAACUCAAAGAUGGGCUAUACGAGGUAACAUAAAUGCAUGGAAAAGGUAACUGGCGACCGUAUUUGAUACCCAUGGAUGUUUACAUCAUUUCGUGAUGAACGUUAAGUCAGAACGAAAUUGUAUUUUGAAUUAAAGGAGACAAAAUCAGCAGUUUUAAUGCAGAAAUGCGAAAUAACUUCUGAAAGAAAAAUAUAUACUUUACUUUGAACGGACAUGUAGAAAAAUCCUCUAUUUAUUUAGAAAAUCACUGUUCUAUUUCGAUGUCUUUGUUAGCACAUAAUAACGAACUAACAAAACAAACAAAAUCGCAUCAGCAUUGCAGACUACCACACUUAUUCUUGUGACUGUUAGAUUAUUUGGCGAUACGCGGAAAUCUUGUACAAUUGCUUAUUGAAAUAAAACGCGCUGAACCUCCAAGAUAACCCCUUACAAAGGAAAACAAUGGACAAAAAUAUCGAUCUUUAUGAAAACAAAAUAUAUCAGACUACUGAUACGGAUGUAGGUUUUUCAAAAGUGGAACUAAAUGUUUUACUGUAGGCCGUUAGGCCUGAUGGUGUAAUGUCAAAAUGUAAGAUAGUAUUUGUGCUUGAAAAUAUUGCUGAACGUAUCCACUCAUUGUAAAAUAUUUUAACUUAUACAAACGUGCAAUAAUUAAAGCUUUGUAUAUUCUGUUAUUUAUGGUGUUGUUCAUGGAAAAUAAAUGUUAUUGAAAACGA